AUGAACCUUGAAGGCCUUAGGCUAAAUGAAACAAGCCAAUCACGAAACGACAUUGCUCUUUGGGAACCAAGAAAGAUUAGAAUUACACCCAGCUACCCACUAACAAAACCUGACACAUUGUGGUUUAAAGGAGUGGGUGCUGGUCGCAGAUAUAAAGGGAAUCUCAGCUGUGGCCCUCUUACACCAAGCCUUUGGGACCACUUUCCCAACUCUGAGGAUUCUAAACCUCGAGUCUUGGGUCCUGCGCAUACGCCCAAGGUUCCGGAAGCGAGGGCCAUGGCUCCUCCACCCCUCCCUGGAGUGCGCCGCCUGCGCGGGAGAUACCUGUUGAAGACGUCAUCACGCCUGCCUGCGACUGUUAGGGGCGUGGCCUGGAGAACGCGUUACCUUGUUGACAAGUAUCCUGGCGGCCCAGACUUGAUCUGGGCUUACAGCAGGAAAGGUGCGAGUGAGGAGAGAAAGGAAGACGGAUUGCCGCCCCAGCCCCCGGGCCCCUGGGAGCUGAUGGGUGGCCAUGGAUCUUGCGUGCCGACGGAAGGGGCGGGGACCUCAGCAGAGCUCAGGAGAAAGGCGGGGGUCCUGGGCGACCUAGCUUCUGACUCCCUGGCUCCGUUCCGAGCCGACGCUAGUAGCCAGAGCUGCCUCUGGCAAGGAUUGGUCGUGGGGAGGCCCGGAGGUAGGGCUGGUGCCCCGGGAAAGCUGGGAGGCCUUCUGGGUUGUCGGCAGAGAGGGUUCUUUGAACCUAGAGUGUGUGAUUCUUUGGUUUACUUGGAGAUACGUAUUAGCCCAUUGAAGGAAGUCGGAGCAGCUGAUCUAUUGAAUCUUACUCUUGUGGUCAAACUGCCUGUUAUCCCAGGAAGCAAUAAUGUGUUCUACACUACAAAUAUAAGUGAAAAGAAAACAAUUGAAAAACAAGGAAAUAAGUUGUUUGACAGCAAGACAGGCUAUGACAAUUGUGAGAAUGCAUAUUUCCAACAAUGGCUGUUACAGAAAAAUAGACAGGCAGCUUCAGAUCAAGAGCUGUUAACCAAGCACAGAAAGAUAAAGAAGCAACUAAAAUAUCCUUUAAAUGAUGGAGGAAUUAAAUGUACCUCACCUGAAGCUCCAAGUCUUUCUGCCACAAUGGAAAAUGUUGUAAAUCACCCUCCACAGGAUAUUAAGAAAUAAGAGGCAAGUAACAUUUCUUUUUUCCUAGAUACAGACAGAAAAAAUAAGGUUUGAAAUUAUGAUCAAGGUUGGUAUAACACAAUUUCAUUCAUUAAGUGACAAUUCAGAACAGCCUCAUUCCCUGAAAUUAACCACCAUAUAGUAAGAUUUUUGUAAAAGUUGAAAUGUAAACCCACAGUAAUAAUCCUGUGCUACUUCAGACUUCUGACACUCAAGGCUAAUCAGUUGUUGGUAUUGCCAUACUGUGUGUAGGGAAUAUCAGUAACAAGUUGUA